UUUUAAAUAUGCUAGAUUCCAUUGUAAAAGCAGCUACUGAAUUAAAGGAUAAGGUUGGGAGUAAAUCUGAGGUGAAUAAGAUCCUCACUGAGGCUACGAACAACGACAACUGGAAUAUCUCAAAUUCCAAGCUCCAAAUCCUGGCUGACCACACCUACGAUUUCAAUGAUUACAACAUAAUCAUGAAACACCUGUGGUCUAAGUUAUCCUUGAAGCCAAAGGAAUGGAAGAGAAUAUUCAAAGCCCUCAACGCCAUGGAUUACUUACUCAAAAACGGUGCUCCAAGGGUCGUCCAAGAGAUCAGAGAGGACCUCUUUAAGAUCAGAAGUCUCCAAGAUAUGGAAUACCAACAACAAGGCAAGGAUAAAUGUGUCGGAAUCCGAGAAAAAGCUAAGCAGAUCUGUGAGCUCCUCGCUGAUGAGGACCAACUCAAUGAAGAAAGAGAAUUCUCAAGGAAGAAUCGUGACAAGUUCGCUUCUUAUGGUAAUACAGGCACUAUGUCUUCAGCAGGUGGCAUGGGUAGUUCUUCCAAGUACACUGGAUUUGGCAGCCAAGAUCUGAACAAGUACUCUGGAGGCUAUGACAUUCAAGGAGCUGGUUCCUCUGGGUAUGACCCUUACCAAAGGAAAGGAGGCAGCGUCUUCGAGAACAAGUCUAAGCGCAAAUCAGAUGACAAGAUCUGGAAGAAAAAGGAUAAAAAGAAAUCUGAGAAAGAAAAGAAAAAUUCAAAGAAAGCAAAGAAGAGCAAGAAGAAGAAAAGUGAAAGUGAAAGCGAGAGCGAAGAGUCUUCAGACAGCUCAGAUUCAGAUGAGAGUUCUGACUCUUCAGAUAAUGAAAGCAGUGAGGAUGAAAAGCCAAAGAAGAAGUCUAAGGGAUUUGAGAAGCCUAAGAGAAGAGGAAAGAAAGAGAAAUCUGAAGAAAAGGCAAAGAAAAAGAAGGUGAAAACUGCUGCUCCUCCCGUAGCACAAAAACCUAAAGAAGAUUUGUUUGAUCUUAUUGAUACUUCUCCUCAGACUCAGGCUCAGUCAGCCACUCAACCUACUAAUGAUGAUGUUUUGGGAAGUGUUUUUACCCAACCACCUGCGCAGACAACUCCUGCUACACAAGGAGCCGAUAUGUUUGCAAAUAUGAAUGUGGGAACUAGUGCUCCACCCCCUGCUACAUCCCAGCUUCCUGCUGAUAACUCAUGGGCAGUUUGGGGGAGUGCUCCUGCUCAGCCUCAAGCUCAACCUCCUGCUCAACCUCCUGCUCAGCCUCCAGCUGAACCUCCCCAAGUCUCUGUUUCUUCUGGUCAAAAUGUAGAUAAUAUGACUGACUUGUUUGGAAAUAUGAAUGUCAAUCAGCCUACAGCUGCUCCUGUCCCAGCUCCAACACAAAAUACAGGAUUUGAUAUGUUCACAGGAAUGAACACAGGGCCAUCAGCACCUCCUCAGCCAGAGGUUGCACAAACCACAGGAAUUGAAGGUUUUGGUGGAUUCCAGGACAGUGCACCAGUCCCAGCACAAGCUCCACCUCCAAAGAAAAGUGAUGCUUGGGAAAUGGGAGGAGGAUUAUUUAACCUCUCAGGAUUAAAGAAAGAUUCUGAAAGAGCAGACAAACUUUCUUCUCAAACUCAUAAGCCUCAAGCCCCACAAGAACCUAAUAUGCUUUAUACAAAUAAAGCUGAUCUAAAUAGUAAUGAUAUUUGGGGAAGCGCAUUUGGCGGACAAUCGAGUCAGCCUUCUGGAUAUGGAUCUGGACCUAUGCCAUCAACAAACUUCGGAGGAUCAAGUUAUCCAGGGUAUAAUCAACCAUCAUCUGGAUACCCUAGUGCUGCUCCUCAUGCAUACGGAGGUAGUGGAACUGGAGGAUUCCCUCAAGCUCCUGCUUCCUCAGGAUUCCCAAGUUCAGGAUUUCCCUCUACGCAGCCUCAAAAUACCUUCGGAGGGGCUGGUUUUCCUUCUCAAAACACUCAAGGUAGCUCUUUCACUGGAUUCCCUAAUACCAAUGCAGGUUUCCCUUCAUCCCAACCCGGAGGUUUCCCAGGAUCUUCCAAAGGAUUCUAAAUCCUUAUGAUAACUCAUAUCAUUCCAUAACUAAGCAAAAAAGU